UUGUCUUCGUUCCCCUGCGCAGUUUCCUGCAGACCCGGAAGUGGUUAUCGCGGAGCGAAGGUCGCCCUACGGGAGCGUGAGUUUCAUCUUUCUUGUUUAAACCUGCGCUUUGCGGUACGCCGUCCUCCAUACCUGGGUCUGAGGACUGACUUCUAAAGUCUCAUGAUGCCUGAGGAAAAAACCCAGACGAGGAGGAAGAGGAAAGAACAGGUAAUGGCUCUUUCUCAGGGACGGUUGACAUUCAAAGAUGUGGCCAUUGAAUUCACUCCCGAGGAGUGGGAGUGCUUGGACCCUGCUCAGAGGGCCUUGUACAGAGAAGUGAUGGUGGAGACCCUCAGAAACCUGCUCUCUGUGGAUACCUCUCCUAGACGUGUGAUGAAGGGAUCAGCACCAAAACAGAGCAGUCACACAGGAGGGAUCCUGCAGACAGCGUUGUCAGAAAGGCACAAAAGCCAUGACACCAAGGACCAUGGCUGCCGGAAAAUCCAGAAAAAUGUGUUCUCACGGGAAAGUGAUAAAAGUAAUCAGAAGGGAGUACCUGCCACCCAUCCAAAAACUCUCAUUUGUCAAAGAGACGAAGGAAACAAGCCAAUUGAAAGCAGGCUGGCACUCAGCUUUCCGUCAUAUCUGACUGGACUGCCCGUCUUCCCAGCCGAAGGGCAGUUUUAUGUGUAUCAUCAGGUUGAGAAGGCUGACAACACAGGAGCCUCCUUUUCAGUACUUCCAAGAAUUGUUCCUACUGUCCAGAUCAACGUUUCUAAUGGAUACGGGAUCAGUUUCUGGCAUUCUCCGUUACUCAUACAAGACCAGAAAGCACAUGUUCGGGAAGACCCUUACAGACGCAACCCGGAUGACAAAGCAGUUCAUGACAGCUCCCAGCGCCCCAGCCGUCAGGCGACCCAUGGAGGGGUGAGGCCUCACACAUGUAACGUGUGUGGCAAAGCCUUUCAUCAGAGCUCACAUCUCACUCGACAUCAAAGAAUCCACACAAGAGGGAAGCAUCACAAGUGUGAAGAGUGUGGUAAGGGCUUUAGUUACAGUUCACACCUUGUACGCCACCGCAGAAUCCAUACCGGAGAGAGACCUUACCAGUGCAGCGAGUGCGACAAAGCCUUCAGUGUGCUUUCAAGUCUUAUUUAUCACCAGGUCGUCCACACUAGAGAGAAACCUUACAAAUGUAAUGAAUGCGACAAAGUCUUCAGUCAGAGUUCAAGCCUUACCAAUCAUCGCAGAAUCCAUACCGGAGAGAAACCUUACAAAUGUGAUCAAUGUGGCAAAGCCUUUAACCAGAGCUCGCAUCUCACCAGACAUCAGGUCAUGCACACCGGAGAGAAGCCUUACAAGUGUGAUGAGUGUGGCAAGGUCUUCACUCAGAACUCUAGCCUUGUAAGUCACCGGAGAAUUCACACUGGGGAGAAACCCUACCAGUGUAACGAGUGUGGCAAAGCAUUUGGUGUGUAUUCGAGUCUGACUUAUCAUCAGGUAACCCACACUAGAGAGAAACCUUACAAAUGUAAUGAAUGUGGCAAGGUCUUCAGUCAGAGUUCAAGCCUUCCCAGUCAUCGCAGGAUUCAUACUGGAGAGAAACCGUACAAAUGUGAUCAGUGUGGCAAAUCCUUUAUUCACUGCUCAAACUUCAAUAGACAUAAGAAAAUCCAUACUGGAGAGAAACCUUACAAAUGUGACGAAUGUGGCAAGGUCUUCACUCAAAACUCAAGCCUCAUGAAUCAUCGGAGAAUUCAUGCUAGGGAGUGACCUGACCAAUGUGAUGAGUGUCACAAAGUGCUUGUUGUAAGUUCUACCAUAAAUUGACACCAGAGAGUCCGUACUAAAGAGAAAUUAUAUCAGUGUAACAUACAGGACAGAGGACUUAUACAGAUUCAUAGCUCACAAGACAUCCAGAAUCUAUACCUUCAGCAGUUGACUGUCGAGGAUGUGGCCAUCGAAUUCACUCCUGAGGAGUGGAAAUGCCUGGCCCCUGCACAGAGGACUUUGUACUGGGACGUAAUGCUGGAGACCUGCAGGAACCUGCUCUCUGUGGAUAUCUCUCCCAUACAUAUUAUCAAGAAAUUACAACCAAAGGAGAACACUAACUCAACAGAUACAUUCCAAACAGUGAUUUUGGGAAGACAUGAAAGCCAUGGAGUCAAAGAUUUUUACUUAAGGGAAAUCCAAGGCAAUAUGCUUGAGUUUGAGUGUCAGUGGAGAGAUGAUGAAAGAAAUUACAAAGGAGUGCUUGUAACCCAUGAUGAAAAGUUCACUGAUAGAAAAGAUCAAUGUGGUAGAAGCAAUGCAGGAAACAAACCAACUGAAAAUAAACUUGCAUUAAGCUUUCAGGAUGAAUUGCAGAUUUUUCGAAUGGAAAGGAAAAUUUUUGAAUGUAAUCAAGUUGAAAAGGUUAUCAACAAUAGUUCCUCAAUUUCAGCUCUCCAAAGAAUUCCUCCUAAUAUCCAAACCAACACUUCUAACAUGUAUGGGAAUGAUUUUAUCCAUUCUUCAAUACUAACAAAAGACCAUAAAGUACAUAGGGAAAAACCUUACAGGUGUAAUGACUGUGACAAAACCUUUACUCAUGUCUCACACCUCACUAAACAUCGGGUAGUCCAUACAGGAGAGAGGCCAUACAAAUGUGAUACAUGUGGCAAGGACUUCAGUCAGAGUUCGAACCUUGCAACUCAUCGGAGAAUUCAUACUGGAGAGAAACCUUACAAAUGUAAUGAGUGUGGCAAGGUUUUUAAUAGAAAAUCAAACCUUGAAACUCAUCAGAGAAUUCAUACUGGAGAGAAACCAUACAAAUGUAAUGUGUGUGGCAAAGCCUUUAGGGUGUGUUCAAGCCUCAGGAGCCAUCAAGUAAUCCAUACUGGAGAGAAGCGUUACCGUUGUAGUAAAUGUAACAAGGCUUUUUCCCGUAAUUCCAAGCUUCUAAAACAUCAAAGAAUUCAUACUCGAGGGCAGCCCUACAAAUGUGAUGCAUGCGACAAAGCCUUUAUUUUGCGAUCAAGCCUAAUCAACCAUCAGGUAGUCCAUACUAGAGGGAAGUCUUACCCAUGUAAUGAAUGUGGCAAGACGUUCAUCAAACAUUCACACCUUAGGCUUCAUGAGAGAAUUCAUACUGGAGAGAAGCCAUACAAGUGUACUGAAUGUGGCAAGGGCUUCAGGCAAUGGUCUGAUAUCAGAAUUCACCAAAGAAUCCAUGCUGGAGAGAAACCUUUCAAAUGUAGCGAGUGUGGCAAAUCCUUUACUCGGAGUUCACACCUCACUAGACAUCAAACCAUCCAUACUGGAGAGAAACCAUAUAAAUGUGAGGUCUGUGACAAGGUCUUCAGUCGGAAUUCACAUCUUGCAGGUCAUCGGAGAAUUCAUACCGGGGAAAAACCUUACAAAUGUAAUGAGUGUGGGAAAGCCUUUAGUGAUCGUUCAAGCCUAACUUACCAUCAGGUAAUUCAUACUGGAGAGAAGUCUUACAAAUGUAAUGAAUGUGGCAAAGCUUUUAUUAAGCCUUCAUAUCUUAGGCAUCAUGAGAGGAUUCAUACUGGAGAGAGGCCAUACAAGUGUACUGAAUGUGGCAAGGCUUUUAUCAAGCCUUCACAUCUUAGGUAUCAUGAGAGGAUUCAUACUGGAGAAAAACCAUACAAGUGUACUGAAUGUGGCAAGGCCUUUCAGCAAUGGUCUGACAUCACUAUUCACCAAAGAAUUCAUGCUGGAGAUAAAUCAUAGAAAUGUAGCAAGUAGUGUGGCAAAUCCUUUAGCCAUUGAAGCCUCAGUAAACACCAGGUGACCCAUACUGGAAAGAGACUUUACAAUGAAUGUGGCAGGGCUUUUAGCAGGUGUUCACACCUUAGGCUUCAUGAGAGUAUUCAUACUGGAGAGAAAUCAUACCAAUGUAUUGAGUAUGGCACAGCCUUUAGACAAUAAUCCUACCUCAGGAUUCACCAAAGAACUCAUUCUGGAGAGAAACCUUACCAAUUCCAUGAGUGUGGAAAAACUUUUGCUCAGGGCUUACACCUCACUAAUCAUCAGAUAAUCCAUAAUCUACAGGCUUACAGAUGUACUGAGUUUUGCAAGGCUUUUAGCUAUUGCCUUAAACUCCGGGUUCACCAAGUAAUCCAUACAAAACAAAUGUAAUGAAUGUGGCAAAGUUUCAAAUUAUUGCUCACUUUUCAUUAAAUAAAGGGAUCUGUAUUCUGGAGUGAAAGCACACAAGUAUAGUGUGUGGCAAGGAUUUUACCCAUAUAGCAAACGUUGGGGGACAAUACAGGAUUGACACCUUCAAAAUGCAAUAAACAUGGUAAAGACUUUCCCUUGAAUUCAAAUAUCAUGCAACAACAGACUCUAUAUUGGAGAGAAAUCACUAGACUUAAGAAUAUACAUCCUUGAGAGAAGCCACCAAAAAAUAAUGUGCAUGCUAGUUAACAGUUCAAGAUGGUGGAGUAGAAGGACAAGUGUUCAUCUUCUCCUGCAAGAGCACCAACAUUGCAACUAGCUGUUGAACAACCAUCAACAGGAGGACAUUGGUCCAAAGACCAAGAAGCCACAAGGAGACGGUAGGAGGGGUGGAAACACUAUAAAAUCAAAUCCCAUACUGGCUGGAUGGGCGAUGUACAAACUGAAGAACAAUAAUACCAAAGAAGUUCUCCCACUGUAGGGAGAGUUCUGAGCCCCACCUCAGGCUUCCCAGCCUGGGGAUCUAACAAAGGAACUGGGAAUACCCAGGGAAUCUGACUUUGAAGGCCAGUGGGAUUUGAUUAUAGAACUUCCAUAGGACUGGGGGAAACAGAUUUCACUCUUGGAGGGCAUAAACAAAAUCUUGGCAUGCACCAAGACCCAAGGGAAAGGAGCAGUGACCCCAUAGGAGACUGAACCAGACCUACCUGCUGGAGUUGGAGGGUCUUCUCUGGAGCCAUGGGUCAAAAAUGGCUCGCCAUGGGGGCAGGGUCACUGACAGCAGCAGUCUAGGAAGGUCCCCCUUGGUGUUAGUCCUCUUGGAGGUCACCAUUAACCUGACCAUAAACCCCAGAGCUGGGUCGCCUCAGGCCGAACAACCAACAGGGAGGGAGCACAACCCCACCCAUCAGCACAUAAUUGGAUUAAAGUUUUACUUGGUAAGGCCCUGCCCACCAGAGUGGACCCAGUUUUUCCCACUCAGUCCUUCCCAUCAAGAAUCUUACACAAAUCUUUUAGCCUCAUCUACCAGAGGGCAUAUAGAAGAAACAAGGAGAACCACAAUUCUAUAGCAGCUAGAACAAAAGCCACAUUACUCUAAGUUAAUUAGGAUGAAAAAGAAGAAUUAUGUCACAAAUGAAGGGACAAGAUAAAACCCCCAAAAAAACAACUAAAUGAAGUGGAGAUAGACAACCUUCCAGAUUAUUCAUGAUUCAGAAUAAUCAUGAAGAUGAUCCGGGAUCUCAGAAAUAUAAUGAGAAGAUGCAAAAAAAUGUUUACCGAAGAACUAAAGAACAAACCAACAGAGUUGAACAAUACAGUAGAAAGGAUCAAUAGGAGAAUAACUGAGGCAGAAGAACGGAUAAAUGACCUGGAGUUAAGAAUGGUGGAAAUCACUUCUGCAGAACAGAA